UGGAACGCUGCUUGAGGACUGCUCCUGGUCAGCCGGAAGCAGUAUGUCUGCCAGCCAGCUGGCACAGCAGUCAGACGCUUCCGUCAAAGACAACUGGUGCUGUUCCAGAAUCGUCAUGCUUAGGAAAGCAGGGGCUAUCCUGCGCAGCACACUGCGCUGCGGCGUCUCCCGCAACGAAAAGGAAUAGGCACCAGUGUAAUGUUCGUCAUACGCGGUUUGCUCGCGACAGCGGUGUACAAAACAACACAAAGGAAAGUUCACCGGAAGACUGUAUUUCGCGUAGGGCUGAGGACGCUGGUGCGCCGUAGUGGUGAACUAAUAUACAGAAAGUAUCAAACAGGAACCCAUGACAACGGAUCAGUCAAGUCAGUGCGCAGACGUGGGGGGUGGUCGCCCGGCUGUGAUGGAAGGCAUAUCCUGCAACUGGAAAGGUACCACUAUAUUCAAGAUUCAGUGAAAUGGGCCACUUUCAAUAUUAGGAGGGUUUGAAGACUGCCUAGCACAAUUUACCAACACAACCAGUUGGGAAGAUGGCAUUCCAUGAACCUGACCAGGGAAACCUGUGUGUGGAGAUAACAUCCUCCACCACCACCACCAGCACCACAUUCUAUCAUGUCCAGGUGACAGUGGAUGCAUGCCAGUGGCUGGUGGAGCACAGGUAUUCUGCAUUUGCUGACCUCAACUCACAGCUUGUCUCUGACAAGUUGAUCCCACUGGACCUCCUUCCUGGCAAGAAGAUAAUCGGCAACCGGGAGCCAGCGUUUGUGGACCGGCGGCGCCAGGAUCUGAACACAUAUAUCAAGCGGGUGGUGGCACUGCUGCAGCUCAACAUGCCAGAUGUGCUGGCCAAGUUCCUCGAGCUGGAGACGUACGACAUCGGCUGGAUGCUACGCCGCCAGGCGUUCUUCUGCUUCGUGCACGAGGGUGCCUACGUCGGCGGCCAGCGGCAGCUGCAGAUGACGCCGAUGGAGGUGCAGGGGCUGACGCGGCUGGUGCGCGAGGGGCGCGCCGACUCGUUCUUCCACGAGAGCAAGCUGAGCACGGCGCCCAGCCAGGUGGUGGACGUGGCCUCGCAGACGCCCAGCCUACGCGUGGCCGGAUCAUGGCAGCCGCUGGCACGCUCCAACGUGCGGCCGCACACGUACGCCUUCUCGCUGGAGUUGUUCCGUUCGCUGCGCAAACUGUCACUGCACGACGUGCCCGUGUCGAGCCUGGCCUCGCUGGCAGCGCUGCGCGACCGGCUGGUGGAGCUGAGCGUCAGCGGCGGCGCCGUGCGCGACGUGCGCGACGUGCUGCUGUGCGGCGAGCUACACCGCGACGCGCCCGCCGCCGACGCGCGCCCGCUCUGGACGUGCCUGCGCCACCUGGCGCUGCGCGACAACCACAUCCGCAGCGUGGACGAGACGGCGGCGGCGCUGGCGCCGCAGCUCACCUCGCUGGAUGUCAGCACCAACGCCGUGGAGCACAUCGGCUACCUGGCCGAGCUGCCAGCGCUGCGGCAGCUCAACCUCUCCAACAACUGCCUGGCCGACGUGCCUGACCUGCACACGCGGCUGGGCAACGUGGCGCGUCUGCGACUCUCGCAGAACCGGAUCGGCUCGCUGGCGCCGUUCGCGCGCCUCUUCUCGCUCGUGCAGCUCGAUCUCAGCUUCAACCAGGUGCAGGAGGUGGAAGAGGUGGGCCGGCUGCGCGGCCUGCCCUGCCUCGAGGACCUCAGCCUGGUCGGCAACCCGGUAACGACGGCCAUCGACUACCGGGCGCGCGCGCUGGAGCGACUGGGGCCGCGCGCGCCGCACGUGACCCUCGACAACGAACAGAGCUCGCAGGCCCAGCUGGAUCGCGUGCUGGUGAUGCAGGCGCUGCGCACGGCGCGCGAGGGCGGGCCCGAGUUCCUGCGCCGCGGCUGGCACGGCCGCGUCGUCACCAUCGUCUGAGCGGCCGGGCCAGGGUCGUGGGACGCCGGAGUCGGCGCGAAGGGCCUGUCUGCGGCGGUGGCCGAACACUACCGAUGUCGUGCCGCCAACAAAGCCGCGCUGGGCGUGCGGACGUCGGCUGUCUGCGCUCCGCCAGUCGGUCAGCCAGGUGCAGCUGCCUGUUCCGGCUUCGGCAGCCGGUGACUGUUUCGGACGUGGUGAUUGGUGCGCUUUGUACAUUGGUUUUACACGUGCGCUCGCGAGGUUGCCCGGGCGAUGCCCAUGUAUAGCCGAGUCCCGCAGAGCGCGUUGUUCCGGACCGCUAGCUUGUUAGGGCGAACCUGCCAAGCCUGCGAUCGCGAGCGGUGUGAAGCUGUCUCUUCCGACAACUAUGCCUUUUCGCAUAGGGCUUCCGGCGUGAGGUUUUAUGUUCGCCGAUGAUAAGGCACGCAUCGUGUGAAAACUAAUAUUAUAGGGCGUCGUCUGGUGAGAUUUGAGCGCUGCCAACGCAACGUGAGCAGAAGUGGUGAUCUGCAGGGAUCUGGGCGUCAAAUGGUCUCGACCGUCGGCGCGGCCCAAUGGAGCCCGAAUCAUCAAUCGACGUGUGUGGAUCGGCUCCCUAGACCCGAAUGUAUCCAACUCUACACAUGUGUAUAUCGCGUGGUGCACGGGGUGUCCCGUACUGCGCGGUCUGUCAG